UUUCAUUUCACCCCAAUGUGCUGUCUUAUGUGGUUUUGUCCCAAAUGGUAGAGCUUGUCAUAUAUCCACAGGUAUGGUAGGACUUUAACACUAAUGAGAAAAUAUGUCUAGUGUUGUAGCAGCUCUAUUUCUUAUCAAAAAGGAUGAGGAGGAAACUGGUGGAAGAGAGAAAGCAAGAAAAUGUCUGCAGGGGUGGAUAGCACAUUUCUCUUUGGGCUGAGAUUUGCACUUUCCCCCUGAUCCCUCGUGAGUUCCUUGCACAGCACCAGGUGCAAACUCUGCUCAGUGAAUCCUCACUCCAGCCAACCCCACACCUCCAUUGACCCUAUAAAGCUAGGCUCUGUCAGCAGCUGAGGUCUUUCAAAGGGUGGAUGUUUGGUCCUGUUUAUUGCUUCAGCCAUGGGGCUGAGUUGUGGGGUGUUGGUGGCAUCGCUACUCUUGCUGAUGUGGGUGGGUUGCCUUGGGCAAGGUGACUUUUGGAGAGCUGGCUCCUCAGCUUUGCAGUAUCAGUAUAACUGUGGAGAACAUGGCAUGCAGCUGCUUGUGUUUCCUCGCCAGAACUGGGAUGUCCGCUUUAAAGUUGUGGAUGAAUUUGGGACAACCUUUGAAGUUUCAAAUUGCUCCAUUUGCCGUCACUGGAUCACAUCAACCAAUGGAUCAGUUACUUUCUCCGCUGGCUAUAACGGCUGCCAUGUGGUAAAGAAGGAUGGCAGGAACCACUUAAAGGUCCGUCUGGAGGAACUAACAAGAAACAGAGUAGCUGCUGCUCAUGACAUCAACAUGGCGUGUCCCAAGCUACAAGAAUAUGUACCAGAGAUCAACAUGCGCCUUGGGCCUCCACCCCCGCCUGAGCCUGGCAUAGUACAUCCCAACCUCCAACCUGGUCUAACGCACCUAGAAUCUCAGGCUCAGCUUGUGCCCAAUACAAUGAACCCACCACCUCAGCCCUGGCCCUUGCCUGACCUAGUACAACCCGAGAUUCAGACCAAUCUAGGGCGCCCAGAAUCUCAGCAACGUCCCGUCCAGGGACAAGUGCGCCCAGGAGCUCCGUCUCCACCUUGGCAUGUGCCCAGCUUAGUGCGCCCAGAGGCACAGCCUCGGCCUUUGCCUGGCCUAGUGCACCCAGAGGACCAGGUCCAUCCUGCACCCGGCAUAGUGUACCCAGAAAUUCAGCCUCAGCCAAAGCCUGGCCUAGUGCAACCAGAUGUUCAGCCUCAGCCCAGACCUGACCUUGUGCUCCCAGAAUUUCACCCACCACCUGUACCUGGCUUAGUCCACCCACAAAUUCAGCCUCAACCAAGACCUGGCCUUGUACGCCCAGAAGUUGCACCUCAGUCUGGCUUAGUGCGCCCGGAUGUUCAGCCUCAGCCCAGGCCUGGCCUAAUGCAUCCAGAAGUUCAGCCUCAGCCCAGACCAGGCCUAGUGCGCCCAGAGGUUCAGCCUCAGCCUGGUCUAGUAUACCCAGAGAUUCAGCCUCAGCCCAGACCUGGCAUAGUAUACCCAGAUGUUCGGCCCAGACCUGGGCUAGUGCGCCCAGAAGUUCAGCCACAACCUGUACCAGGCCUAGUGCACCCAGAGGUUCAGCCUCAGCCCAGGCCUGGCCUAAUGCAUCCAGAAGUUCAGCCCAGACCAAGCCUAGUGCGCCCAGAGGUUCAGCCUUGGCCUGGCCUAGUGCGCCCUCAAGUUCAGCCUCAGUCCAGACCUGGCCUAGUGCGCCCAGAAGUUCAGCCACAACCUGUGCCAGGCCUAGUGCACCCAGAAGUUCAGCCUCAGCCCAGGCCUGGCCUAGUGCAACCAGAAAUUCAGCCUCAGCCCAGGCCUGGCUUAGUGCCUCCCCAAGGUCACCUGCAACCUGUGCCUGCUAUAGUGCGCCCACAAGUACAGCCUCAAUUGAGACCUGAGGUUCAGCCUGGCUUAGUGCACCCAGAAGUUCAGCCGCAGCCCUUGCCUGGCCUAGUGAGCCCAGACAUUCAGACUAGACCUGGCCUAGUACACCCAGAAGUUCAGCCUCAGCCUGGCUUGGUGCGCCCAGAUUUUCAGCCUCAGCCCAGACCAGGCCUAAUGAUCUCAGAAGUUCAGCCUCAGCCAGUACCGGGUCUAGUGCGCCCAGAGGUUCAGCCUCAGCCCAGACCGGGCCUAAUGAUCCCAGAACUUCAGCCUCAGCCCAGACCAGGCCUAGUGCACCCAGAGGUUCAGCCUCAGCCCAGACCAGGCCUAGUGCACCCAGAGGUUCAGCCUCAGCCCAGACCAGGCCUAAUGAUCCCAGAACUUCAGCCUCAGCCCAGACCGGGCCUAGUGCGCCCAGAGGUUCAGCCUCAGCCCAGACCGGUCCUAGUGCGCCCAGAGGUUCAGCCUCAGCCCAGACCGGUCCUAGUGCGCCCAGAGGUUCAGCCUCAGCCCAGACCGGUCCUAGUGCGCCCACAGGUUCAACCUCAGCCCAGACCAGGCCUAGUGCGCCCAGAGGUUCAGCCUCAGCCCAGGCCUGGUCUAGUGUACCCAGAGGUUCAGCCUCAGUCCAGACCAGGCCUAGUAUAUCCAGAGGUUCAGCCUCAGCCCAGGCCUGGCCUAGUAUAUCCAGAGGUUCAGCCUCAGCCCAGGCCUGGCCUAGUAUAUCCAGAGGUUCAGCCUCAGCCCAGACCAGGCCUAGUGCGCCCAGAAGUUCAGCCACAACCUGUGCCUGGCCUAGUGCGUCCAGACACUCAGCCUCAGCCGAGACCUGGCUUAGUACAUCCAGAAGUUCAGCCUCAGCAGAGACCUGGCCUAGUGCACCCAGAAGUUCAGCCACAACCUGUGCCUGGCCUAGUGCGCCCUCAAGUUCAGCCUCAGCCGAGACCUGGCCUAGUACACCCAGAAGUUCAGCCUCAGCCUGGCUUAGUGUGGCCAGAAAUUCAGCCAGAACCUGUGCCUGGCCUAGUGCACUCUCAAGUUCAGCCUCAGCCAAGACCUGGCCUAGUACGCCCAGAAGUUCAGCCUCAGCCUGGCUUAGUGUGGCCAGAAAUUCAGCCACAACCUGUGCCUGGCCUAGUGCAUCCAGACACUCAGCCUCAGCCAAGGCCUCAGCCGAGACCUGGCUUAGUACAUCCAGAAGUUCAGCCACAACCUGUGCCUGGCCUAGUGCGCCCUCAAGUUCAGCCUCAGCCGAGACCUGGCCUAGUACACCCAGAAGUUCAGCCUCAGCCUGGCUUAGUGUGGCCAGAAAUUCAGCCACAACCUGUGCCUGGCCUAGUGCGCCCUCAAGUUCAGCCUCAGCCGAGACCUGGACUAGUACGCCCAGAAGUUCAGCCUCAGCCUGGCUUAGUGUGGCCAGAAAUUCAGCCACAACCUGUGCCUGGCCUAGUGCGCCCUCAAGUUCAGCCCCAGCCAAGACCUGGUCUAGUUCGCCCAGAUGUUCAGCCUGGCUUAGUGAGGCCAGAAGUUCAGCCUCAGCCAAGACCUAGCCAAGUUCGCCCAGCAGUUCAGCAUCAGCCUGGUUUAGUGCGCCCAGAGUCCCAGCCCCAGCCUGUGCCCAACCUAGUGCGGCCACAUCUUCAGCCUCGUCCUGUACCUGGUCUACAGCCUCAGCCCUGGCCUGUGCCUGACCUAGUGCGCCCAGAUCUUCAGACUGGUAUGCUGGCUGCACAUAGUAUAGGUUCCUCACUAACCCUGGAGCAAUGCCAAGUUUCUUCUGGAAGGAUUCCCUGUGCAGAUGCUCAGGGGCCAGCAGCUUGCUACCAGACCGGAUGCUGUUAUGAUGACCAGGAUCGAACAACCCCAUGUUAUUAUGGGAACACAGUCACUGUUCAAUGUCUUCGAGAUGGCCACUUCAUCUUGGUUGUCUCCAGGGACAUGUUGGACUACCCCAUCAUCCUGGACAGUGUCAAGCUCUCCUAUGCCCAAGCUGGAUGUGACCCUGUUAGGAAAACAGAGUCUUUCCUGGUCUUCCGCUUCCCCCUCACACAGUGUGGCACAACCGUUCAGGUGGCUGGUGGUAGACUGAUAUAUGAAAACCAGCUGGUUUCUGGCACUGACAUUUUAAGCGGACCAGAUGGUUCUAUCACACGAGACAGCACUUUCAUCCUCAAUGCUCGCUGCAUCUACAAUGCCACUGACUUCUUGCCUGUUCAGGUUGAAGUCUUCCCACUUCCCACCCCAGCUCCAGUUUUGCAGGUGGGACCUCUCCGACUGGAGUUGCGCAUUGCUACAGACUCGAGUUACACAUACUACUAUUCGGAUACAGACUAUCCCGUCCUGAAAGUGCUGAGGGAGCCUGUGCAUGUGGAGGUUCGCCUCCUGCAAAGGAUGGACCCAUCCCUUGUUCUGGUUCUGCAUGAGUGCUGGGCUACUCCCAGCACUAAUCCCCUAGAGCAGCUGCAGUGGCCAGUCUUGGUGAAUGGGUGCCCAUUUGAAGGAGACAAUUACCGAACCCAGCUGCUGCCCAUGGGUCCUGCCACAUCUGCCCUGCCCUUUCCAACCCACUACCAGCGCUUCAUCAUUUCCACAUUCACAUUUGUGGAUUCUUCCUCCCAGUUGGUGCUGGAUGGAUUGGUGUAUCUCUUCUGUAGUGUGUCUGUCUGCCACCCCUCACAGCUAGAACCUUGCAGGGCCCCAUGCCAAAUGCCAGUGGCUGCAAGAUACCGUCGAUUUUUGGAGAUGAGCAAUGGGACUGAAUCUUUGGACUUAGUAAGCACUUACGGAGCUGUGAUCUUUCAAGAGAGCAGCCAGCCUUAUGAAAAAGAAGUCAAAGAGGACAAAAGCAUGACCUCAAGUGAAGACUUGACAUGGACACUUUUGGUGGCAUUACCCUUGGCGGGUAUUAUCUUAUUUGUUACUGCAUUGGUGCUCUGGAAAAAGAAAAGCAGGGCAACAAAGUUAUAAUACUCUUGGAAGAAAAUGUAAAAAUAAAGUAACAAAAUUAAAUGGUUUUCAGUAGAACUUUUGACAUAACUAG